GUCAAGCAACUUCCGCUAUUGUCUUUGUUAGACUGAACACUAGGUUGACACUCAUCGAACAUGACUUCGCUCGCACCAGGUAUCACCGCCGACAUCGAGAUUCCAAACCCUCCUGAAGACUCUAUCUCGUCGCUGGCCUUCUCGCCCAACGGACGUGGCCCAAGUGCAGGGAAUGAUUUCCUAGCUGUAGGGAGCUGGGACGCUUCGGUACGCAUCUACGAGGUUGCACCCAAUGGACAAGCUAUUGGAAGGGCAUUGUACAAGCACGAUGCACCUGUUUUAAACGUGGCCUGGGGUCCCGAUCUUUCAAGGGUCUUCUCCGGAGGAGCAGACAAUGCUGCUAGGAUGUUCGAUACAGCCACGGGCCAGGCAACCCAGGUUGGCGCUCAUGACGCCCCGGUCCGGUCCGUGAGAUGGGCACAAGUGAAUGGCAGUGGACUCCUGAUUACGAGUGGGUGGGAUAAGAUAGUUAAGUACUGGGAUGUUCGCGCACCGUCAGGAACGCCCGUUGGGAGCGUACAGCUACCCGAGCGGUGCUACUCUAUGGAUGUGUGUACGACAGGAAGCCGGCACUUCCUCGUCGCUGCAACAGCGGAACGCCACGUAUCGAUGUAUGACUUGGUUAAUCCCGCCACUCCGUGGAAGAAUCUGAGCUCGCCUCUGAAGUGGCAAACUCGGGUCGUGCGCUGCUUCGAACCUCUUCCCGAGGCAAAGAGUGGCACAGGUUUUGCAAUUGGUAGCAUCGAAGGACGACUCGGCGUUCACUUCGCUGAAGAUAGAGAAACUGUUAACAACUACACCUUCCGUUGCCAUCGUCAAGAGCCAACCAAGAAUGAGACGAAGAUCUUCGCCGUGAAUGACAUCGUUUUCCACCCAGUCCAUGGCACGUUCGUUACCUGUGGUUCGGACGGCACCAUAUCCGUUUGGGACAAGGAUGCUCGUACGCGCCAGAAAACAUUUGAUACGGCACCCGGACCCAUCUCCGCACUCUCUUGUAGCGGCUCGGGGCGCUUCCUCGCUUACGCGGUUUCAUAUGACUGGUCACGCGGCCAUGGAGGCAUGACGCCUGGCCAUCCGAACAAGGUGCUGCUUCACACCUGUAAGGAUGAGGAGUUCAAGCGGCGUGUGCGCAGAUAGGCAUCGUCCUUCAGCAUCGCAGAAUGGGUCCGAGGCAGUAUCUCGGAAUUGUAUCGCAUCUAUCAAUCUAUCUCAGUAUUACUGUAUACCUAUCUCAUUAUACAUUGUAUGCAACCGC